CUUAACUUUUUUCUUUCUCUAUGGUUGUGCGGUGUCAGUUGUGUUGUGCUCAUGGUCGUGUUUGCUGGUGCGUGUGUGUAAAUGACGGCUUGUUGGUGCAGAGACGCCGCGCUUUUGAAUUUGCGAGUUUGCAGACAUACAUAUAUACUUAUAUUCUGAUGUCGACGCCUUUAACAAGAGCCAUGACUGAUGAGAUUCAUUUGCGAGUAGAGUUCGGAGGCGGAGCGGAGCUACUUUUCGGGAAUCAAAAAAAGCACGAUGUUGCCUUACGCGGUGGACAUGAGAAAUGCACCUUGUCUGAUUUAAUCACGUGGUUGAAGGCAAACCUCCUGAAAGGAAAAGAAGAGCUGUUUGUUCAGGGAAACACUGUGCGGCCAGGAAUUCUCGUCUUGGUGAAUGACACAGAUUGGGAACUCCUGGGUGGACUUGACUAUGAAGUCAAACCAAAUGACACUGUGCUUUUUAUAUCAACACUCCAUGGUGGAUAAACGUAUAUGCAGGCCAGCAAUACAACAGUAUAUGUAGGUGACUACAUUCCCUUGCAAAAAUGAAUAAUAAUAAAAUAAAUACCAAUAAUAAUGCACAAAAAGCUGAAGCACUUGCUCAUAACCAUGUCUAGUAAGAACUGUCAUGAAUUCGAGUUAAAUGGGCCGUUCUAAGUAUGGAAUUAUUACAGAUUAAGUUAUACAUAUUUUAGCCAAGAACUUACAGUCUUGCAUUUCUUGCUGAAUCUUGCCAUUCUAGCACAUUCUUUCUAUAAACUGACUGUCACCAGCCAGCUCAAUAAAGCAAAGCAAACAAACUUCACAACUCAGUCAAGCUUGUAAUC